CAUCUGGGACACAGGAGAAAGAGUUUCAUAAACAGCAGCAUCAUGUUACAGAUUCCUUUGAUUUGGCUCAUCUUGUGUUUCUUGGACGAAUCCAGGGGGCAGAUUGUCAUCACUCAGACACCAGCUUCUAUACAGGCAAGUCCUGGGGACGCAGUCACCAUCCAGUGCAAAGCUUCCUCUUCUGUCACUAAAUAUACAGUCUUGUAUCAGUUUAAAUCAGGACAGAAACCCAAGCUACUGAUUUAUGAUGCUACAAACCGUUUUGAAGGGACCCCAGAUCGCUUCAGUGGCAGCUACGGCACCACUGACUUCUCGUUCACCAUCAAUGGCGUCCACGUCGAGGAUGAAGCAGAAUAUUACUGUGGACAACGCCAAAGCUUACCUUUACACAGGGUCACAGCUGAAAGAAAACUUGGUCUUUUUGUCAAGAGAGCAGGUCUUGCUAAAGCACUGUGUUACACUUUCGGUGCCGGGACCAAGCUAGAAGUGAAACGAAGAGAAGAUUCCACCCCAUUGGCAAUCAUUUUCCCACCCUCACCGGAGCAACUUAAAACGGAUUCAGCCACUGCCGUGUGCCUGGUCAGCACGUUCUACCCAAGCAGCCUAACCGUGGCCUGGAAAGUGGACGGCACUCCCGUCAGUGAGGGCGUCCAAACCAGCCCCCCAGCGUCGGAUACAGACAACACCUAUAAGCUGAGCAGCACCCUGACGCUCCCUACAUCAGAUUUCAACACCCACGAAUUAUACAGUUGUGAAGUGACGCACAAAACGUUGUCCAGUCCUCUUGUGAAGAGUUUUAGGAGGUCUGAGUGUUCCGGAUAGACCCCUCUAUAAAGCAGGCUCAUCUUUUACUGGUCAUUUAUGGUCAUUCCCCUGUUUACCACCCCUAUCAGAAAUCCCCCUAGUAUUAUGACUGUAGGAAAUAUCUCAUAUUGCAUGUCCUUUCUCUGCAGUCUGUAACUUCUUCCACAUCCUUUUUUCCUCUUACUGAUAUCACGUUAACCUUGGGAAAUAAUAUAAAUGCAGAAAUAAACGCAUUAU